AUGGCGAUGCAUCAGCAGGUUGGUUUACUCCUCACCCUCAUGCUCUUCCUGGCGGCUGCAGACGGCAGCCUCGCCGUCGGCACUCCGUCCGCGAUCAUCAGAACGACAUGCGCCGCUGUGGGCCGACCCGGCGGGGAAGUGGGUUACGACACCUGCGUGGGCUUGCUCUCGGCCGACCCGGCAGCCGCGGCCGCCAAGGACGCAGGUCAGCUCGCCCUCGUGGCCACCAACCUCACCGUGGCCAACGUCACGUCGACGGUGCUCGUCCUCGACGACCUCGUCAAGAAUCUCAGGGACUGCCUCCGCUACUACAGGGACAUGAACAAGACCCUGGACGCCGCGCUCGGUGACCUACGUGCCGGGCGCGUCGAGGCGGCGUCCAACAAAUUGUCGGAUGCCUCUGGAGUGCCCGACAGCUGCGACAUCCAAUUGUUCGAGGGGAGUGCGAAGAAGAACCCGAUGAGGAAGGAGAACACCGACGCCGAUUUGCUGUCCCGACUGGCAUACGCCAUUACUGACUUGCAGCUGCCGAAUCCUCCUCGGCACCGACGUUAAGUUUGAUUCUUGGUCUCUUUGGCACCGUACUCUAUACCCAGCUGUUGCUAGCUGAUUUCCAUUU